AUGGCGGGAGAGGGGAGCAAGGAGGAGGUAGGGAGUGUCCUCAUGCAGGCCAUGAUGGCCGCCAAGAACCUGCGCCCGCAGUGCGACCGCCUCCUGCAGCGCCUGCGGGCCGCCACCCCCGCCCCCGCGGACGCCAACGACGCCAAGCUCCGGGAGCUCUCCAUGGACCUCUUCAAGGUCUACUACAUCAGCAUGGAGGCUGGCGCCCGCAUGCUCAGCACCUGCCUUGAGCUCAAGAACGGCGGCCGCUUCGCCAUGAACCCCUCAUUCGCCGUCAUGCCCGACGAGCAGCUCCACGACAUGCUGCUCGCGCAGCGCUUCCUGGUCCGUGUCGAGGCCGCGCUCUUCGCUGUCAAGCUCCCCCAGGAGUACCACAUCCCACGCUGCAUCGAGCACCUCGUCAGCUCCCCCCCCCCUCCCCGCCCCCGCACCCCUGCGCCAGAGCCGGGCCUGCUCCUCGUGAAGUCGGAGCACGCCGACAUGGUGGCUCCCGACGACGAGUCCGCCCUGAAAUGGGCGAAGGAGGACUACAUCCGCGAGCAGGUGCGCCGCCAGCGCCAGGCGUACGAGGAGCUCCAGGCCCGUCGACUCGGCCACGAGGAGGGCGGCGCCAUCAUCCUCGACAGCGACGAGGAGGAAGAGGCCGGGCCGUCCAGCUCCCGGCCGCGCAUGGCGACCCUGGGCAGGGCUGCAGCAGGGACUGUGGCUCCAGCCGAGCACGCGACAACGACGACGACGACGGAUAUGAGUGACAGGUAG